AUGUUAUGGCUUUCUUUCUUGGAUAUUAGUGAGAACCACUUCUUUGGAAAUCUACCAAGUUGUAUUGCCGACAUUUUGUACCUUUCGGUCCUUAAUGCUGCAAGAAACAAUUUGAAAGGAAAUCUGAUGACUGGACUUUGUUAUAUGAAUGAACUUGAAUCGUUGGAUCUCUCUAAAAAUCAUUUCUUUGGCCAAGUUCCAUCUUGCUUCAACAUGACUCGCUUAGAAUAUUUGAAUUUAAGAGACAACGAACUCACAGGACACUUUCCAAAUGCUUUAUCAAAUCUGUCUUUAUUGACAUUAGAUUUGGGCAAUAACCAUUUUGUCGGUCAUAUUCCUAGUUGGAUAGGGAUUACCCUUAAACUUUUGAAGAUAUUCUCUUUGAAAGGAAACCAUUUUGAUGGAUCGAUUUCAAUGCAAAUUUGUAAUUUAAGAUUUCUACAUAUUCUUGACCUUUCUCACAAUAAUUUGUCAGGGCAUAUACCUUCUUGUUUGCAUAAUAUAGGGCACAACUCCAAUUUGAAUUACCAAUUUACCAUAGGAACUGAUACCGAAGACAUUCAAGCUAAUGUGGGUGGCUAUGAUGUUUUCCCAAGAGAUUACAUUACUAAUAUUUUUUUAAACUCACUGGAGAAGUCACAAGCAAUUAUAUAUGAGUAUAUCGAGUUUGCAACAAAGCAAAGAUCAGACCGUUACCGAGGGAACAUUUUACAAUAUUUAUCAGGAAUAGACUUGUCUUGCAACCAAUUAGUUGGCAUGAUCCCAGAGAACAUGGGUGAAAUGACUUGGCUCCAAGCUUUGAAUUUGUCCAAUAAUCGAUUGACUGGUCCAAUACCUACUACACUAUCAAGCUUGAGAGAAAUUGAAAGCUUAGACCUCUCCCACAACAUGUUGGUUGGACGAAUACCUCCGCAACUUGCAGAACUCAAUUAUUUAGAAGUCUUCUCUGUGGCAUAUAACAACCUUUCUGGUCCAACAAUAGGUUUGGUCGCUCAGUUCAGUACAUUUAAUGAGAGUAGCUAUAAAGGGAACCCUUAUCUUUGUGGUCCUCCAUUAAAGAAGAAUUGUACCUCCAUGAUACCAUCAUCUCCAAAACAACAUGGGCAAGUCACAAAUGUUUUUCAUGAUGAUAACGAAGAAGGAAAGGACCGUCUCAUAUUAUUUGCAUCAAUUGCACUUGGUUUCAUAAGUGGUUUUUGGGGAUGGAUGGCUCUACUAUUCUUCAAGAGAAAUUUGCGAUAUUCCUUCUUUCUGGCGAUGGAUGGAUACACAGAAGAAGCUAUUGACAUGGUGAAAAGUCUUUUGUCAAAGAUGAAGUCAUGUUGGUAG